UCACCGGCAGCGGACGCCCCGCGGCGCCGUGAUCAUCGUGCCCCAGGCCGCCCGCCCAGCUAUAUUUAACGGCCUCCGUGGCCAUAAAAGGUCGGGAAGGUGGCAUCCACAUUCCGCCGAGAGCCAGCAUUAUUUUUGUUUCGCGGUCGGCAUCCCCGUCCGCCGAUUUGGCAGGCUCUCACCGCCCGCUUUCCAGCGUUUGGAGUCGAUCUUCUCUCUGACAUCUUUCUGCCCACGGGGAACACGUUGUCACAGGGUUGCCGGAGACUCGGGACGGCGCAGGAUGUCGGGAUCCCUGCCUUUCUACCAGAAACAUCACCGCCACUAUGACCGCGCUUACCGCAGCAAGGAGCUGCAGUCCGCGGUUAGCCAGUACCGCCAGUCCAGCAGUUACGCGGCGCAGAGUAGCGCAAGCAGCAUCAGCAGCAGAGGACUGAGGGCCUCUGGGUACUCUGGGGUUGAGGAGGAGAGCAGAUCGAGCCCCAUUGUCAAGAGAGCCAAGCCCACGUACCUGGCCGUGGACAAAGAGAAUCAGAUCAUCGGCUACGUCGUUCCCGUCUUUAGAGGCAGUCAGGAGUUUGCCAGCGGCUUGUCCGACACGGAGGAGGCACGAGUGAAGGAGAGCGCUGGCCACCUGGCUCGCAGGAGCCUGUUCGCCAGCAAAAUGGAGGCUGAGAGGGUGGAGCAAACCUCCAGGCGCUAUGCCAUGAGGGAGUCUGCCGAACGCAUCUCUUUGAGCAAGAAGAUCUACGAGAACGAGGAACAUCACCGGCAGAUGAAUGAGGACAGCCUGCAGCACGCUCCGGAGUUCGUGAUCAAGCCGCGCUCCCACACCGUGUGGGAGAAGCAGUGCGUGAGGCUGCACUGCACCGUGACUGGCUGGCCGGAGCCGCGUGUUGUCUGGUACAAAAACAAUGUCACUAUCGAUCCGCUCGCACAUGCGGGCAAGUAUAAGAUCGAGAGCAGCUACAACGUCCACUCACUGGAGGUUAACAGAUGUGAUUUCGAUGACACCGCGCAGUAUCGCGUGUCCGCCAUGAACUCCAAGGGGGAGCUCUCUGCCUUCGCCUCCAUCGUGGUGAAGAGGUUCAAAGGAGAAAUAGACGAGUCUCUCCCAGCUCCCAGACAGCCCGGCUUCUGCUCUGAGUACGGCAUCACCUUUGAGACGCAUAUCGUGGAGACGUUCGACGUGUCGUUUGGCCGUGAGGGCGAGACCAUGAGUCUGGGCUGCACCGUCAUCAUCUAUCCCACAAUCCAGCGCUACCAGCCUGAAGUGCAGUGGUACCGGGACGGCGUCCUGCUGGAGCCGUCCAAGUGGGCGCACAUGCACUGGAGCGGGAACCGCGCCACCCUCACCCUCACGCACCUGAACAAGGAGGACGAGGGCCUGUACACCCUGCGGGUCUCCACCAAGUCGGGCUACGAGACGCACUCUGCCUACGUGUUUGUCAGAGACGCGGACGCUGAGCUCCAAGGAGCCCCCACAGCCCCCCUGGACGCGGUGUGUCAGGAUGCCAACAAGGAUUACGUCAUAGUGACAUGGAAGCAGCCGGCUGUGGACGGAGGGAGCCCCAUUCUCGGCUACUUCGUGGACAGAUGUGAGGUGGGCACCACACACUGGAUCCAGUGUAAUGACACUCCGGUAAAAUUUGCCCGGUUCCCUGUGACGGGCCUGGUGGAGGGGCGCUCCUAUGUCUUCCGGGUACGCGCCGUCAACAAGUCGGGCAUGAGCCACCCGUCCCGGGCCUCGGAGCCCAUUGCCGCCAUGGAUCCCGCUGACCGCGCCCGUAUGAAGGGUCAUACCACGGCUCCUUGGACUGGACAGAUCAUUGUCACAGAGGAAGAACCUGUAGAGGGUGUGGUGCCAGGAAAACCCCAGGAUUUGGUUGUAACUGAGGCUACUAAGAACUAUGUGGUCUUGAGCUGGAAGCCUCCUGGACAGAGAGGGCAUGAGGGCAUCAUGUACUAUGUGGAAAAGUGUGUGGCUGGCACAGACAGUUGGCAGAGGGUCAAUACUGAAAUCCCGGUCAAGUCUCCCCGCUUCGCCCUCUUUGACCUCUCGGAGGGCAAGUCCUACCGCUUCCGUGUGCGCUGCUCCAACUCGGCCGGAGUCGGGGAGCCGUCUGAACCCACCGAGGCCACCGUGGUUGGUGAUAAGCUGGACAUCCCCUCGUCUCCGGGUCGCGUGGUGCCCACAAGGAACACGGACACGUCGGUAGUGGUUUCCUGGGAGGCGUCUAAGGAUGCUAAGGAGCUGGUGGGCUACUACAUUGAGGCCACGGUGGUUGGCAAGGAUGCUUGGCAGCCGUGCAACAACAAGCCAGUGAAAGGCACCAGGUUCGUGUGCCAUGGCCUCACCACUGGAGACAGCUAUACAUUCAGGGUGCGGGCUCUGAAUGCCGCCGGGCUCAGCGGGUUCUCACAGGAAUCCGAAGCCAUCGAAGUCAAAGCUGCCAUCGCAUCCCCGGCGCCCCCUUAUGGCAUCUGCUUGCUGGAGAGCGUCCGGGACUCCAUGGUACUUGGCUGGAAGCAGCCGACCUUCAUCGGUGGGGCCGAAGUCACCGGCUACUUCGUGGACUACCGGGAGAUGGUGGCAGGAGUGCCGGGCAGGUGGCACGAGGCGAACAUCAAGGCCAUCAGCGACAGAGCCUACAGGGUGACGGACCUGAAGGAGAACAAGCUGUACCAGUUCCAGGUGCGUGCAGGCAACAUGGCGGGAGUGGGAAGCCCCUCUAAACCCAGCGAGACGUUCAGGUGUGAGGAGUGGACCAUCGCUAUUCCAGGACCGCCCCAUGACCUCCGGUUGUCGGAGGUGCGCAAGGACUCCCUGGUGUUGCAGUGGAGGCCGCCGGUGUACCAGGGUCGCGACCCCGUUAACGGCUUCUACAUUGACAUCAAGGAGACUGAGGCCUCCGAGGAGGCGUGGAGAGGCGUCAACGAGAAGGCGACUAACAAGACGUACAUGAAGAUCAAGGAGCUUAAGGAGGGGGUGUCCUACGUGUACCGGGUGCGUGCCCAGAACAAGGCUGGUGUGGGCAAGGCCUCCCAGGCCACGGAGCCCAUCCUGGCCCAGACGCGCCCAGGCAUCCAGGAGAUCGUCGUGGAAGUGGAUGAUGAAGGCGUGAUCUCGAUGAAUUUCGAGUGCUCUGAGAUGACGCAGGACUCAAAGUUUGUGUGGUCCAAAGAUUAUGAGGAAAUCAAAGAUUUUGCUCGCCUAAACAUGGAGACCAAGGGGGGAAAGUCAAAGGUCACCUUUAAGACCCCAGACCAGGAAGACCUGGGCAUCUACUCCUGCAUGGUAACACACACAGAUGGUGUCUCUGCCAGCUACACCUUGACCGAGGAGGGCUUGAAGGAGCUCCUACAGAUUAGCCAUGAUCAUAAGUUUCCCAUUAUCCCCCUGAAGUCGGACCUGGCCGUGGAGCUGCUGGAGAAGGGCAGGGUUCGCUUCUGGCUCCAGGCUGAAAAGAUCUCCGCCAACGGAAAGGUGGACUACGUGUUCAACGACAACAUCCUGAGUCAGGGAGAGAAAUACAAGAUGAACUUCGACAAGAACACAGGAGUCAUCGAGAUGUUCAUGGAAUCGCUGGAGGCCAAGGAUGAGGGGACAUACACCUUCCAGAUGAAGGAUGGGAAGGCCACCAACCAGUCCAGCCUGGUGUUGAUUGGCGAUGUAUUUGAUAACCUCCGAAAGGAAUCAGAGUUCCAGAGGAAGGAGUGGACCAGAAAACAGGGCCCCCACUUUGUGGAGUACCUCAGUUAUGAGGUCACCCCAAACUGCGUGGUGGUGUUGAAGUGUAAGGUGGGGAAUAUUAAGAAGGAGACUGUGGUCAUUUGGCAUAAAGACGACCGGGAGGUGAAAGUGGACGACAAACUCUCCUUCACCGAGGGUGUGCUGACCCUGGAGAUCUCCCAGCUGAGUACCACUAAAGCCCCGGACACGGAGGGAACUAUUUCGAAGAAAGAUGCCGGCAUCUACCAAGUGACCGUGAAGGAUGACCGAGGAAAAGACACCUCUGUGCUGAAACUUGUCGACCAAGGUUUCAAGGACUUGAUGAACCAGGUGUUCAGUGUUAUCGCCAACUCAUCCACACCGCUGAAGAUUCAGAGCACAGAGGAGGGAGUGCGACUCUACUCCUUCGUCAACUACUACAACGACGAGCUUCACGUCACCUGGCACCACAAGGACUCCGCCAUCACCUUCACAGACCGGAUCAAGAGCGGCGUGGUGGGGGAGCAGCUCUGGCUGCAGAUCACCGAGCCCACAGAGAAGGACAAGGGCAAGUACGCCAUCGAGUUCUUCGAUGGCAAAGGCGGCCUCCGCAGGAGCGUGGAUCUGUCCGGCCAAGCGUUUGAUGACGCCUAUGCGGAAUUUCAGAGGCUGAAGGCUGCCGCCAUUGCAGAGAGAAACCGAGCCCGUGUGGCGGGAGGACUGCCCGAUGUGGUCACUAUCCAGGAGGGCAAGGCCCUGAACCUCACCUGCAACAUCUCCGGCGACCCGGUACCUGAGGUCACCUGGCUGAAGAACGAGCGCGAGCUGGUGUCGGACGACCACUACAUCCUGAAGUUCGAGUCGGGCAAGUUCGCCAGCUUCACCAUCACCACGGUGAACACGUCCGACUCGGGCAAGUACAGCAUCCUGGUGAAGAACAAGUACGGCACGGAGAGCGGAGACUUCACCGUAAGUGUCUUCAUCCCCGACAGUGAGGGGCAAGGCAAGGCCACCAGGAAGGAGAAGAAAUAGACAAAAGAGCAGCUACCGUAUCUAGGAAAACGAAAAAACACUUGCGCAAAAUGAAUCGAUUAAAAGAUUAGCGGUGGUUUACGCAGGUUUGUACGUGUGCACUUUCCUCCCCGAGGAUACCUUGUAGAACUUCUCACAGUUAAUGAGCUGGGAGUAACAAAUGUUUUUUAACAGCAGUAGCGAAUAGCGUUUACCCAGAUUACGUAGGAGCAGGAGUUUCCGAACAUUCUGACACUGUCCACUCCUGAAGCUCUAAAGACUUUCAUAGUACCAUUUGUCCGUUUGCACCCUGCAACCUUCAGUUUAAAAAAAACAACAGUUACUAUAAAGCUCUUCCUGAUUUGGUGGUGAGUGAUCUACUCAAGAGAUGAGAAGGUACUUGCAUCAUCCUUGUAUACCAGCUGUCCUGCUACAUUUUUGUGAUCUGUCCAAAAAAAUGUCACGCCAUUCUGUCUGUUUCCUCGUCUUGUCAGAAACAGUUCUGUUUGUCAGUUCUGCAGUGAUACAGCCAGGGUGUUUUUGUGUGUGUUUGUUCUCCAGCUUUAUGCUGGGAAAUGGAAACGGGAUUUUGAAACAGUGGGUUUCCCUUGCCUUCCCCCCCGGAGCUCUGUCUCAGCCAAAACAGACGACUUCUGUCUGGCUUCAGACUGACCGAUCGAUCGGUGUCCUCCGUCACUGACUUAGCAUUGUUUAUUUUAAAGACCAGUGGGUGCAUUUGUUUGACGUAAAAAAAACAAAACAAAAAAACUAAGCUAUGUAGACAGACUGAAUUGCUGUUUGUUGACAUGGGUCCUGUGUCACAUAGUCACAUAAACAGUGAUUGCGUGCUGUCAGAUGAUCCUCCAUGCAGACCACAUGCCCGUACCUGUUGAUCCAUUAGACCCAACGCUGAAUUUAACUUCUAUAAUAAUAAUGCAAGCCAGCAGAGAAGAGAAAUGGGAGAGCACAGGAAUGUAGAGGUGGUGCAGCCCUCUGUAAUCGAAGCAGCCCCCCCCCCCAGUGUUUGCUGGGGGCCCAUAUUGGGGUGCAGACCUUGCUUUUCUCCUGAGUAAUGGGUGAUUGACAGAAAUAUGCAUGGGGAAACUGUGCAUCAUUGUGCGCGCGUGUGCCUGUGUGUGUGUGUGUGUGUGUGCGUGCGUGUUCUCUCUACUACAUUGACUGUUUCUGAAUAUCACCAGUGUGUUACCUCACACUGCACACUCCACUUCCACCCCCCCACCCCAUACCAAUCCAGUGGACUAAUAAAGUAAAGCGAAGUGCC